CCGCGACGCUCGCGGCCGUGUUUCUCUCGCCUCGCUCCCUCGGAUCGCCCGUUCGCCCCCGCCCAUCGCUCGCUCAUCAGAAGGAGGGCCUAGCCUUCCGCAGCAGCGCUCGUCAGACUCCGCCGCCCGCAAUUCCCCCCUUGCCCCGGCUUUUAAUGGGCUUUCCCUCCCACCGAAAUGGCCGGCGAUCCCUGCACCCGCGCCGCCGGUGACCGCCCCACCUCCUCCGUCGCCUUCUUCUCCGCCGGGGGCGGGCUCGGCCUCGGCCCCUCCAGCCUGCUGCUCCACCUGCUCCUCCUCCACUCCCUCUUAUAGCCUCCAGCCUCCCCUCGCCUCCCGCCACCCCCUAUGGCCGCCGUUUUCUUCCACCACGUCGUCGGCGACCUCACCGUCGGCAAGCCCGAGGUCGCCGAGCUGCACGACACCGACACGCUCGACGACGCCGCGCGCGCCAUCGCCGCCAGCCCCGAGGGCGCCGUGCCCGUCUGGCGCCCCAGGGCCGCGCCGGACGACCCGCCCUCGGGGGCCAGGUUCAUCGGCAUGAUCUCCGCGCUCGACAUCGCUGCCUUCGUCGCCUCCGCGGGGGUCGGGGAUCGCUCCAUGCGCGCCGUCGUCGGCGAGGUCGUGCAGCCCAAUCCUGCGCUGCUCAGGGAGAUCGAUCCGGGUACCAGGUUGAUCGAUGCUCUGGAACUGAUGAGGCAUGGAGUGAAGCGCUUUCUUGUUCGCAAGAGUGGGAGCUGGAAAGGCAUUACCAAGAGAUUUUCAGUGCUUUAUAAUGGUAAGUGGCUGAAGAACAUGGAAUCAACAUCUCCAAGUGCAGCCAGCAGCAGCAGCACGCAGCUAUCCCCACGUUCUGGUUCUGCAGAAAAGUUCUGCUGCCUAUCAAGGGAAGAUGUUCUCCGGUUUCUCAUUGGAUGCCUUGGUGCUCUUGCUCCCAUCCCGCUGACUCAGAUAUCUUCCCUUGGAGCCAUCAAUCCGCAGUACAGUUACGUGGAAGCAUCUGCGCCUGCGAUGGAAGCAAUUCAGAAGAUCCCUCAAGACCCAUGCGCCGUUGCUGUAGUGGAGACGAUGCCAGAUGGAACUCGUAGCAUACUAGGAGACAUCUCUACUUACAAGCUGUGGAAAUGUGACUAUGUUUCAGCUGCAUGGGCACUGGCAAACCUGUCAGCUGGGCAGUUUGUCAUCGGUGCCGACGAGAAUGGGUCAACACCCAUCUCAGUCUUCCCAGAGCCUCCCAUCAGCCCAUCGUCACCGGUGGAGGAGAUCAGUCCUGGGCGCUCGCCAAGGGCGAAGAAGUUCAGCAGCAGGAGCAUCGGGUUUCUGAACAACACCCAGAUGUCAGCGUGGCGGACACGGAGCAUGUACCACCGGGGCAGGAGCACCCCACUGAUGUGCAAGACCACAAGCACCCUCGCGGCCGUCAUGGCGCAGAUGUUGUCCCAUCGGGCCACACACGUCUGGGUGACGGACGCAGAGUCGGAGGAGGACGGCGUCGUCGUCGGCGUGGUGGGCUACACCGAGAUCUUCAAUGCCGCCACCAGGAGCACCUGCCCAAGUCCGACAGCAUCUUGAUGCACCACAUCGUGCUGUACAGUAUACUGCUGUUGGUUGAUCCGUUGGUGCCCCGGUGCACGCUGUUGCACUGAACUGUACAAUGUACUUUGCUCAUUUGUUGGUUUGUCUGGAGAGUUUUUAGUCUUUUAGAUAUUCUUGGUCUGCAUGGAGCAGGACUUGGUGGUAUAUUGUUGCAUUCGUUGUGGACGGUACGAAUAAGAAUUCGGGUUUGCCUCGGAGUCUAGUCCAUUUUGCAUGCUCGCCUGCAGCAGUGCAGCUGUCGAUGUACUCUAUGACUGUAUAUGGAAAUGGAAUGUUCUCUGUUUC